GUCAAAGUCAUUUACAGAAAUCAGUCAUCAAUCAACAAAGUGCAUCUAAUCCCACCCCCCGAUCCUGAUCCUCACUGUAUAAAAGGCUUCACAGCUUUCUGCUCUGCACAUCGUCCUGAACGACUGCAAAGAUGCUGAGAAUCCUCUACUUCACCACCUUCGCUGCACUUGUGCUGGGUCAGUCUGGGGUCGCCCCACCUGGAAAAGGUGGACAGGUACAAACCAAAGUGGUUGGUGGUUCAGUAACCACCCCCAACGCUUGGCCCUGGCAGGUCUCCCUGCGAGUUCAGAGCGGCACCUGCUACAACCACGUCUGUGGAGGAGUGCUGAUCAAAACGAACUGGGUGCUGACCACUGCUCAGUGUGUGUCCGGCAUUGCGGUGUCCCUCGUUGUUCUCGGUGAGCAUGAUCUGACCGCAUCUGAAAGGAAGGAGCAGUUCUUUGGAGUCAGUGCCAUCUACAUCCACCCCAGCUGGAAUAGUGAUCUGACCGCUGGGAACGACAUCGCCCUGAUUCGCCUCACCUCCAACGCCAUCCUGAACUCUUACGUGCAGCUGGCUACUCUGCCCCCUGCAGGCCAGAUCCUCUCAGGCAACACGGCCUGCUAUAUCACUGGCUGGGGGGUCACACAGAAUGGAGGUUUUCUCUCUGCUCAGCUGAGACAGGCUUCACUGCCUUCAGUCGACUACGCCACCUGCAGCAGCAGCACCUGGUGGGGCACUGCUGUCAAAACCACCAUGAUCUGCGCUGGCGGUGCAGGAACUGCUGCUGGUUGCACCGGGGACUCCGGUGGUCCUCUGAACUGUGUGGUUGGUGGCAGGUAUGUAGUCCAUGGACUCACCAGCUUUGUGUCGACUGCUGGCUGCAACACCAUCAGGAAACCCACCGUCUUCACCCGCGUGUCUGCCUACCUCUCCUGGGUGCAGGGUAUCACAGGAUAAAUGGAACCCAGCAGACAAGCGAGAUGGUCUCCUGACAUCGAGAGAAUCCUUCAGUUUCUACGCUUGGAUUCAUCUAUUCUUCAGAUGUUUGAUUCAUAUGAUCACGCUUCCCUUCAGCUCCUAAGCUGACCAGGACUCCAUUUCCCAGAAUGCUACUCACUCUCACAUGACUCCUAACCAGAGUCACUAGCUUAGCCUUGAUCUUAGUCUCCUGAUUACUGAGUGUUGCUACCUGUGCCUCUUCUUAAAUAUACUCACCCUUAUGUUCAGUUCUUUGCCGUGUUUUGAUUGGCUCUCUAGCAUUAUCUCUAGCAUUUGAUUGGCUCUCUAGCAUUACGAAGCAUUCCCUGUCUGUAUGUUUCCUCAUCUUUUGACCUUUGCUUGUUUUUCGACCCGUGUUUUGUCUCUCCCUUUUGACUCUGUCUUCCGGUUUUGAAUCUUUGCCUAGUUUCCCUACUUCAUCUUCUGGUAUGCCCCCUUACCACUUGUACUUUUUGCUGUUGCUGAUUGGGAAUGUUUUUGUUCCCGUUUUGUCUAAGCCCUUUAUUAAAACCCCUUUUCAUC